AUGACGACAGGAAGAGGCGGUGGCGGCUGCGAGCGCAGCCGAAGAGCGACGGAGGCUAGUGGGGGUGGGGGCGCUGGCUUUCCAGUGGGGGUGGGGGCGCUGGCGCGGGAGGGAGCCGGGGCGCCCGUUGUCUGUGACCCCCAGCUUCGGAGAUUUGACCUGUCAUUAACUGAGGUGAGACAGACCUUUUUCUUCAUCGGAGCCGCCGGCACGGCCCCGCCCCCGCUGCCUCGGUGGUGGCCCCCGGCCCCCCGGCUGCCCGUGGUCAAGCUGGAGUCGCUGAAGCGCUGGAACGAGGAGCGGGGUGCGUGGUGCGAGAAGGGGGUGCAGGUGCUGCUGACGACGGUGGGCGCCUUCGCCGCCUUCGGCCUCAUGACCAUCGCCAUCAGCACCGACUACUGGCUGUACGCGCGGGCGCUCAUCUGCAACACCACCAACCUGACGGCGGGCGACGACGGGCCCCCGCACCGCGGGGCCGCGGGCGCCGCCGACAGGAAGGACCCGGGCGGCCUCACCCACUCCGGCCUCUGGAGGAUCUGCUGCCUGGAAGGGUUGAAAAGAGGCAUCUGUGUGAAGAUCAACCACUUCCCGGAGGACACGGACUACGACCAUGACAGCGCGGAGUAUCUGCUCCGAGUCGUCCGAGCCUCCAGCAUCUUCCCCAUUCUCAGCGCCAUCCUCCUGCUGCUCGGGGGCGUGUGCGUGGCGGCCUCCCGGGUCUACAAGUCCAAGAGGAACAUCAUUCUGGGAGCAGGGAUCCUGUUUGUGGCAGCAGGUGAGAGGCAGAGAGAGAGGGCAGGGGGCUGGGGGUAG